CGGCAUGCAGCGCGGCCGGGUGACCGGGAGAGAGACAGCAGUAAUGGCGGCCGGUUAGCUCCACACACAGACACCGCGUCACAGCAGCCGCAUCACCGCAGCGCUCCGGCGGCAGCCAGCCUCUCACACCGCGGCGGAGCGGAGACACGGGCUCCAGGGGGGGACGGGAAUCAUUCAGCGGGACUUUACUUCUACUUUUCUAAAUAAAAACAAACAUGGAUGAGCAGCCCGGCGGAGGAGGAGGGGCCGGAGCGGGAGCCCCGCGGCAGCCGCCGCAGCAGCAGCAGCAGCCGGGUAGCAGCAGCGGCGCGACCCCGCCGAUCGGAGGCGGCAGCGGUAGCAGCGGCGGCGGAGGAGUCAUGGUGCCGCACCAGCCGGACGAGCUGCCCCGGCCGCAGCAGCAGUACACCAUUCCCGGUAUCCUGCACUACAUUCAGCACGAAUGGGCCCGCUUCGAGAUGGAGAGGGCGCACUGGGAGGUGGAGAGGGCCGAGCUGCAGGCGAGGAUAGCGUUCCUGCAGGGCGAGAGGAAAGGUCAGGAGAACCUGAAGAACGACCUGGUCAGAAGAAUAAAGAUGUUAGAAUACGCGUUAAAGCAGGAAAGAGCAAAAUAUCACAAGUUAAAAUACGGAACAGAGUUAAACCAAGGAGAGAUGAAGAUGCCAAGCUUUGAAUCAGACACCAAAGACUCCGAGGUCUCUGCUGUUCCCGCCAACAGUCAGCUCACCUGGAAACAAGGAAGACAACUACUCAGACAGUACCUGCAGGAAGUAGGAUACACAGACACCAUCCUGGACGUUCGUACUCAGAGGGUUCGCUCUCUGCUCGGCCUGUCGGGCUCCGAGCAGAACGGAUCUGUGGAGAACAAGAACCUGCAGCACCUGAUCAACGGGACGGAGCGCCGCAAGGACAGCAAGAGGAAUCCAGGUGACGUUCUGGAGACGUUCAACUUCCUGGAGAACGCAGAGGACAGCGACGAAGACGAGGAUGAGGAGGGAGACCUGAUGGACGACAUCAGCACCGACAAACACCACCGAGCCAAGAAACACAAGACCAAGGUGGGGAACGAGGGCUUGGCGUCGGAGGACGACGCUGACACAGAGGAAGCGUUGAAGGAGUUUGACUUCCUGGUGACGGCCGAGGAUGGCGAGGGCGCCGGCGAGGCCCGGAGCUCCGGAGACGGGACGGAGUGGGGUGAGAUAUCGGAGCCUCUACCGUUUCCUACCGGCGGGGGGAAGUCCUUCCUGUUGGGGGGGUCUGACGACGUCCUGGAGAGCGUGCUGGGAUUGGGCGACCUCGCUGACCUCACUGUCACCAACGACGAAUCAGACUACAGCUACGAUCUGCCGUCCAAUAAGGAGUCUUCAUUCAGGAAGACGUGGAAUCCUAAGUACACGCUGCGGAGCCACUUUGACGGCGUGCGAGCGCUGGCCUUCCACCCCGUCGAGCCCUGCCUGGUCACUGUGUCCGAGGACCACACCCUCAAACUGUGGAACCUCACCAAGACCGUCCCCGCCAAAAAAAGUGCCUCUUUUGAUGUGGAACCCAUCUACACAUUCAGAGCUCAUGUUGGUCCGGUGUUGUCGUUGGCGAUGACCUCCAGUGGUGAACAGUGUUUCAGUGGAGGCCUCGACUCCACCAUCCAGUGGUGGAACAUCCCCAGCUCUAACGUCGACCCCUACGACACCUACGAUCCCAGCGUCCUGGCUGGGUCGUGGGCGGAGCAUACAGACGCCGUGUGGGGAUUGGCUUACAGCGGCAUCAAGAACCGCCUGCUGUCCUGCUCGGCUGACGGAACGGUCAAACUGUGGAACCCGCAGGAGAAGAACCCCUGCAUCAGCACUUUCAACUCAAACAAGGAGCACGGCGUCCCCACAGCGGUGGACUUCAACGGUUGUGACCCCGCCCACAUGGUGGCGUCCUUUAACAGCGGCGACGUGGUGGUGUACGACCUGGAGACUUCCCAGCAGGCACUGGUGCUGAAGGGGCAGGGAGAAGGCACCCUGCCGGGGUCCAAUCAUAUCAAUAAGGUGGUCAGUCAUCCCACGCUGCCGGUCACCAUCACCGCUCACGAAGACCGACACAUCAAAUUCUACGAUAACAAGUCAGGUAAAGUGAUCCAUGCUAUGGUGGCUCACCUGGACGCAGUGACCAGUCUGGCUGUGGAUCCUAACGGGAUCUACCUGAUGUCCGGCAGUCACGACUGCUCGCUGCGUCUGUGGAACCUGGACAGUAAGACGUGCGUCCAGGAGAUCACAGCUCACCGUAAGAAGAGCGAGGAGGCCAUCUACGACGUGGCCUUCCACCCCUCCAAGGCUUUCAUCGCCUCCGCCGGAGCCGACGCCCUCGCCAGGGUCUACGUGUAGACCAGGAGGAGCAGGAGGAGGAGGAGGAGGAGGAGGAGGAGGAGCAAGAUGGCCGCGGGGCGAGAGACACAGACAGACAAAGAGAGAGAGAGAGAGAGAGGCUGGUCUGUAAACACAAACAAACAGGAUUCAGGUCUGUUCAGGUCUCUGAACAAAGAAUAUAUAUUAAUGAAAGACUGGAGGUGAGCAGGACCUCCGCUGGACGACUACACACACACACACACACACACACACACACACACACACACACACACACACACACACACUGUACGUGAAGAGGUGUGUCCUCCUCUCCCUGCCACUGACUGAAGACACUGAGAGACGUUCAGCAGCAGAAACACGGUAACGUUGUGGAAACGUUGUUUAAACCCUGCAGGUAGAUCUGCAUCACACAGAGCAGCUCACCUGUCCUGUGAUGUCAUCUCCCCCCGUCUGCAGAGUCCUGAACGAUGUAGCUCUGAUGACACUACAUACCCCCCCCCCCCUCACCCCCCCCCCCACCCCAUCGUGUUAACACUAGCAGAGCAGACGACACACUUAAAGGAAAAAUCCCCCAAAUCAGCUCAGUGACGUUCUUGUUUCUGUCAGUGUUUCUUCUUCUUCUUCUUGUGAAAAGCAGCAGUGACAUCACAGCAGCUGUUUGAUCCUGACUGUAAACAUCAGGUUUGGGUUUCAGAGUCAGAAUCAGCAAACAAACAACAAAGAAACAACAAACCCCCCCACAGUAUUGGAUUUAUGCUUCUUUUCUUUUUUUUUAUUUCAGCUCUUAAACUGCAGCAGUUUAGUAAACUGACAGUAAAUCAGUGUGUUGACAGAAGUAACGCUCAGUUUCACUGAUGAUUUAGGUGGUUUUUUUUGCCGUUAAAGGAGAGUUUACAGCGUAGACACAGACAGAAACGAUGAGCAGAAAGAGAAGAACCACCUGCGACUCAACAACUGGAUCUGCACCGCGAGGCUGCAGGACACCCUGACGAAUAAAAUGUUCAAUAACUGAUGAAGCUUGAAAGUUAUUCAUCAAGCAAAGAAACUCUGCUACGUCUCAGAUUUCACUGUAAACUGAAUAUUUUUUUAUUUUUGGACUGUUGGUCAAACAAAACAAGACGAUUUCUCACUUUUUUUUUAGUUUAUAAACUACAUGGUUGAUCAGAUAAUUAAAACAAUAUCAGCAGAUCAAUUGACAAUCAUUAAUAUUCAGUAGAAGGCUGGAAAACCUCUCAUUUAAAUAAUCAGAGUCGUCACGCAGCUCUGAUGAUGGUACGCUGUGACAUCACAGCAGGGAGGGUUUAACUCAACACCGGCCAAUCAGAAGUGAACGCGCCACAGAUUCUGCUGUAACGUGUUGAGACGUGUUUUGGAAAAGUGUCGGUGAAUGAAUCUGUUUUAAAUAUCCGGAAACAAACCUGAGCUGAGCCGUCAGAGGACGGAACGUCUGACGGGGAUUUUUCCUUCAAAGCGUCGACUUCCAGCCGCAGCGGAGUCGAAUAGAAAACGAGAAUCCGGCCGAAACCGGCAGCAGAACGGAAACCUGUCGAUGAUUUUAAUCCACUGUGGUCUUUUAAGUUUUUAAUCAAAUCUGAACCAAAGCUUCAAGAAAACAGAUUUGUUGGGUUUUAACCUUUUUACAGUUUUUAAAGAUCGUGAAUGAAGAAGCUGAAACGUGUUGGGAGAGAAAAACCGCGUCCGUCUGAAAAUCAGAUUUUCUGUUUCUGCUGCCGGUUUGAGCUGAUUGGACGUCUGUCCUAACGGGAGCAGAUGAUUGGUUCGUACUAACCCCCCACCUCCCUCCACCUCAGCCCCUGGUGGGCCAAUCAGGGCCCUGCGUUUCAGCCACCGAUGUAACGAGCGAAGGAUCCGGACGCUUGGCGUUAAGUUACAUGUGGAAGUUUUCUUUGUUUGUGUAAAAUAAAUCUAGUUUUUAUAAUCCUUUUUAUAUUCGUGGAAAACGUCUCGUUAACGGCACCCGAUGAGGAUUCUGGUCCCUCAUUUUCCCGUCCAAUCCUGCCAUCAUGACACUCUCACAGACCCCGCCCACCCGCCUCCGCCUUCCUGUCACAUGAGGAUCGACCGACCUCCGUCUGAUAACGUGGAGACGUCCGCUUUCUGGAUCUCACUUAGAUUCGAUGAAACGUAGAAAGUAAAGGAGGCGAAGGAGCCGCUGAGGAGAGACGAGACCCGGCCCAGGAGGAAGAGGAGGAGGAGGAGGAAGAGGAGGGUGUUCAUGUCGGUCGAUUGAUUGAUUAGUUGAUCAACAGAAAACUAAUCAUGAAUUAUUUUUAUAACGGUUCUAGUCUCUAGUUUUCAUCCUCUGAUGAUAAACUGAAUCUUUAAUUUACUGACAUUUUACAAACCACACAAACAAUCAAUUAAUCAAUAAGAACAUGAUUAACUGCAGCCGUCAAUACGUUUUUAGACAAAUAUUAAAUAUGAAGCUGACAGAAUCAUCAGUUAUUAUCAUCCAGUUAUAAAGAAAACCAGUUGAUCUGUUCUACUGGACAAACUGGUGCUGCAAUUAUUCAUAAUUAUUGUCUUUAUGGAUUAAUCUGUCCGUUAUUUUCUGGAUUAAUCAAUGAGCUGUUUGAUCUAUAAAAUGGUAAAAAAUAUUUCCCAAAGUCUGAGAUGAACAUAAAAUGUUUUAUUCAGUUUAUUGUCAUAGAGACUAAAUAAAUAUUCAUAUUUAAUAAGCUGCACUCAGAGAA